AUGGCCGACAUUGAGGUCUUCGACGGUGCCGUCGGUAUCGAUCUGGGUACCACCUACUCUUGCGUUGCCAACUACGAGGGCACCAAUGUCGAGAUCAUUGCCAACGAUCAGGGUAGCUACACCACCCCCUCCUUCGUCUCUUUCACCGACAAGGAGCGUCUCAUUGGUGAUGCCGCCAAGAACCAGGCUGCUAUGAACCCUGCCAACACCAUCUUCGAUAUCAAGCGUCUGAUUGGUCGCCGCUACGAUGACCCCAUCGUCAAGAAGGAUGUUGAGUCCUGGCCUUUCAAGGUCAUCGACCAGGGUGGCAACCCCGUCGUCCAGGUUGAGUACCUCAACGAGACCAAGACCUUCACCCCCCAGGAGAUCUCCUCCAUGGUCCUCAUGAAGAUGAAGGAAGUUGCUGAGAUCAAGCUCGGCAAGAAGGUUGAGAAGGCCGUUAUCACCGUGCCCGCCUACUUCAACGACAACCAGCGUCAGGCCACCAAGGAUGCCGGUGCCAUCGCUGGUCUUAACGUCCUCCGUAUCAUUAACGAGCCCACCGCUGCCGCUAUCGCCUACGGUCUCGGUGCCGGAAAGUCCGAAAAGGAGCGCAACGUCCUCAUCUACGAUCUCGGUGGUGGUACCUUCGAUGUUUCCCUGCUGAACAUCCAGGGUGGUGUCUUCACCGUCAAGGCUACCGCUGGUGACACUCACCUUGGUGGUCAGGACUUCGAUACCAACCUCCUUGAGCACUUCAAGAAGGAGUUCCAGCGCAAGACUGGCAAGGAUCUCUCCGGUGAUGCCCGUGCUCUCCGUCGUCUCCGCACUGCUUGCGAGCGUGCUAAGCGUACUCUCUCCAACGCCACCCAGACCACUGUCGAGAUUGACUCUCUCUUCGACGGUGAGGACCUUAACUCCUCCAUCACCCGUGCCCGCUUCGAGGACCUUAACGCCAAGGCCUUCUCCGGUACUCUCGACCCCGUCCAGCAGGUCCUUAAGGACUCCGGCAUGGCCAAGAACAAGGUUGACGAGAUUGUCCUUGUUGGUGGUUCUACCCGUAUUCCCCGUAUUCAGAAGCUUCUGAGCGACUUCUUUGAUGGCAAGAAGCUCGAGAAGAGCAUUAACCCCGAUGAGGCUGUUGCCUACGGUGCCGCUGUUCAGGCUGGUAUUCUCUCCGGCAAGGCUACCUCCGCUGAGACUGCUGACCUCCUCCUCCUGGAUGUUGUUCCUCUCUCCCUCGGUGUUGCUAUGGAGGGUAACAUCUUCGCCCCCGUUGUCAACCGUGGCCAGACCGUUCCCACUAUCAAGAAGCGCACCUUCACCACCGUUGUCGACAACCAGCAGACCGUUCAGUUCCCCGUCUACCAGGGUGAGCGUACCAACUGUGCCGAUAACACCUCCCUGGGCGAGUUCACCCUUGCUCCUCUCCCCCCUAUGCGCGCCGGUGAGGCCGCUCUCGAGUGUGUCUUCGAGGUUGACGUCAACGGUAUCCUGAAGGUUACCGCCACUGAGAAGUCAUCCGGCCGCACUGCCAACAUCACCAUCUCCAACGCCGUCGGCAAGCUCUCCAGCGCCGAGAUCGACCAGAUGGUUGAGGAUGCUGACAAGUUCAAGUCCUCCGACGAGGCCUUCACCAAGCGCUUCGAGUCUCGCCAGCAGCUCGAGUCUUACAUUUCCCGUGUUGAGGAGAUCAUCUCCGACCCCAGCAUGUCCAUGAAGCUCAAGCGUGGUAACAAGGAGCGCAUCGAGGCCGCCCUCAGCGACGCCAUGGCCCAGCUCGAGGUUGAGGACUCCUCCCCCGAGGACCUCAAGAAGAAGGAGCUUGCUCUCAAGCGUCUGAUCACCAAGGCUAUGGCCACACGACCUUUCCCUCCCCCCUUCCCCUACACCAAACCCAUCAUGCAACGUAUAACCCUCACGCGUUUCAUUGCCCUUCGUGCUCCUCUGCGCGUUCCCCUGCGCGCUCACCGACAGCCAUUCCAUAUUCUAUCUCAAGUCCAACAUGCGAUACCUCGCAGCCGUGGGUUUGCCCAUUCACCCAUCCUACACAAGAAGAAGGAUAAGGCCAAGAAGGUCUCCGACCCCGAACCGGAGACGGCGAAUGCUGCCGAGGAUCCAUUCGACCUUUCUCAGUUGCACAAUGGCAUCUCCGCCGCUAUCAACCGGUUGAAGGAUGAUCUAUCCAAGCUCCGCGCCGGGGGGCGGUUCAACACCACAGUCUUGGAAGGCUUGAGAGUCCAGCUCAGCAAGGACAGCAAAGAUUUGAUCAAGUUGGGAGAUUUGGCCCAGGUCAUCCCCAAAGGAGGGCGCAUGGUUACUCUAUUGGCCGCCGAAGAGAAUCACCUGAAACCUCUUACUUCAGCUAUUGUCUCGUCCAGCCUGUCCCUCACCCCCCAGCCUGAUCCACACAACGCCCUCCAGCUCAACAUCCCUAUUCCGCCACCCACGAAAGAAUCUCGAGAUAAAAGCGUACAAGCGGCAAAACAGGCCUUUGAAAAGGCAUCGGGUUUAGUCCGCGACUCUAGAGGCGCCUUACACAAGCGUCUUCAGGACUUGCAGAAGAAGAAGCUUGCUCGGCCUGACGAUGUGCGCAAAGCCCACGAUCAGAUGGAGAAAGUUGCAGAACAAGGCCACAAGGAGGUCAAGGAUGCAUUUGAGGCCGCUAGAAAGACUCUAGAACAGGCGUAA